AUGGCGCUCUGGAACGCCGACACCGUCAAAGACGUCUCCGAGUCCGUCGGCAUCCCCUCCCUCUCCGACGACGUCGCCAAAAACCUCGCCAUGGACGUCGAAUACCGCCUUCACCAGGUCCUGCAAGAAGCCCUCAAGUUCAUGCGCCAUUCCAAGCGCACCACCCUCGCCACAACCGACAUCUCCAACGCCCUGCGCGUGCUCGACGUCGAGCCGCUGUACGGAUACGAAUCCACACGGCCCUUGAAGUUUGGAGAGGCGUCCUUGGGGCAGGCACAGCCAAUUUACUACGUUGAGGAUGAUGAGGUGGAUUUUGAGAAGCUGAUCAACGCGCCGCUCCCCAAAGUCCCCCGCGAGGUGACGUUCACCGCACACUGGCUCGCCAUCGAAGGCGUCCAGCCCGCCACCCCCAUGAACCCCACGCCCUCCGAGUCCGCACGCCAAUCCGAAACCACCCCUAAAGGAGCUCCUCCACCCGCCAGCACCACCGUCCCCACCACCGCCGACGUGUCCGUGCGCCCGCUCGUAAAACACAUCCUCAGCAAGGAGCUGCAGCUCUACUUCGACCGCGUAUGCAGCGCUGUGACGGACGAAUCCAACGACGCACUGCGGGCAGCUGCGCUCGCCUCGUUAAGGAAUGAUCCUGGCCUGCACCAGCUGCUGCCGUACUUUGUGCAGUGGAUCAGCGAGAAGGUCACGCAUGGGCUCAAGCACCUGUUUAUCCUCUCCGUCAUGCUGCAAGUGACACACGCGCUGCUCGAGAACAGCAAUCUCUUCAUCGAGCCAUAUGUGGCUGCUCUCAUCCCCCCAAUCCUCACCUGCCUGAUUGGCAAGCGGCUCGGCUCCGGGGGCGGCGGCGACGCCGCAGCAUACGAGCUGCGGGACCUGGCCGCCAGUCUACUAAAGGCGGUUUGUAAGAGGUUCGGGGAUAGCAGCCACACGCUGAAGCCGAGACUGACGAGGACGUGCUUGAAGCACUUCCUGGACCCAACGAAGCCGUAUGGCACGCAUUAUGGGGCGAUCAUAGGGCUAGCGGCGGUCGGUGGAAGGGAGGCGGUGAGGGUGCUGGUGCUGCCAAAUGUUAGGCUGUUUGUGGAGGGGGUUGUGAAGGGGGAUGGGGGGAGCGAGGCGGAGAGGGUGGUGGGGGCUGUGGUAAGCGUGUUGCGGCUGCUGGAGGAGGAGGGGGCGGGGGUGAAGGCAGAGGGGGAGAUGGAUGAGGGGAUGAGAGAGAGGCUCGUGGAGAGGGUGGGUGAGACAUUGGCGGAGGAGGUGUGGAGGGUGGGCAGGCCGGGGCUGGUGAAGGCCAUUGUGGAGCCCGUGGGGGGGUUGUAG